AUGGAGACCCCGAGCCCCAAGCACACGUGCUUAAAGCUCCGACUCAAAGAAGCUCAACAACCCAUCUACGUGAAGGGCACGUGGUUCGAGUCCCGCUUCGACCUCUCCAUCACCGACGGCCUCAACGCUUGGAUCUGCCACGCGUCGGAAGAACAAGUGAGAGACCGAGCGGCUCAGUGGGAUCAGCCGGUCUCGGAGUACGUGGCAUUGGCCGAGCACUACCUAGGGUUUCAGCACCCAGACUCCGCCUACGGCUUCGCCGAUGCCGGCGACGGCCACAAAAGAUUGUCAUGGACUUUUGAGAAGGAAGGGACCAAGCUAGAAUGGCGGUGGAAAUGUCAGCCAUCGCCUAAUAGUAAGCAAACCACAGCAGCAAUAUUGGAUUUUCUCAUGGAUGCAAAUGUUGGGCUAAGUGAAGAAGUUGUGAGAAAAACUCAAUCAUUUGAGAGAUUGAAAGUGGAAGCUGAGAAGUGUCUAGCACAGAGUGAGAAGCUUACCAAUGAGAAGAUAGAAUUUGAAUCCGCUAUUUAUGCAAAGUUUCUUGGGGUCUUGAAUUCAAAAAAAGCUAAACUAAGAGAGCUUCGAGAUAAGAUUUCAAAACAAGAGAUUGCUGGAAAACUGCCAGAAGAAGAGGAAGCGAGUUCAGACCAAACUGAACCUUUUGUCAGCGGUGAUGAGAAAAGUGAGGAUGAAUCUUUGAAAGAUCUUCCAGUUACCUCCAAGGAUGUUCCGAGGACUAGGUCUCGAGGUCGGGGUCGAAAGAGGGCAGCGGACAAUUAG